GUUGCUCUUUCCAUAGACAUUGAUUUAAACUAUGUCAUAUCCAAACAGACGUCAUCUUAACUCUUCCUGAAACAAGCUGCUAAAGAGAUCCAUUUAUUACACAUGGUCCUUAUUAUUGUUAUAGGUUUCAUGUCCCUUGCAGAAGAUGGAACCCCUCGCUAAGGAUCUAGCCUUCCACGCAAUACCGACACUAGCACUAGGCACAAUAGUUGGUGAAAUAUUUUUAGACGUUAAAACCUUCCGAGACGAGACGCUAAGUCGGCGAGCCGCGGUUAGAUUAAAAUCUCUAGUAUAAUAUCGGUAUACUACUGCCUUAUUCAUUUGGAAGGUUUUUAUUUUCGAUGAUGCCAAUGUAAAAACUAUAUGUAUUUGAAUCAAACUUUUCUUUUUGGCUCGGACAUUUUGUUGUUGGAGUUUGUAUUUUAUAUGGACUCUAUUCCGAGAUGUGAAGAUAUUUUCUGAAUGUCUAAGGUAGGUGGGGGUAUCGAAGCAUUACCUCAUAAGAUAAACUACCUCGGCAUUUUCCUAUUCUGGCAUUAGUGGCUAACGGACAACUGGAACAAAAAAUCCGUUGGGAAACCAAAUCCGCAGUAACAAACCGGAGUGGCUUAUCAAGUUACUCAACAACAUCCCGCCGCAACUCGUCGCGACAAGAAAUAAUAUGGCAUCGGAGUUGGUUUAAUUGGUUAGGACAACGAAAUCCGCCCGGCUUGGAAGGGCCCACUACGGCCUCAAUUCCCUCUCGUAGUCAUGUUCGCCAUACGAAUGCGAGGAGCCAAUCGUCUGGCUAGGGUGCAUUACCGCCAGCUCACGAUUAUUGACCCGACUAUAAAGACGAUCCUGCGCCCGGGUCGGUCAAUACCACAUAGUCGCUUUGUCAGCACAUCCCCUUACGCAGGCGAAGGUUCUUCACUACCGCCCCGAUCCUUCCUACAGCGCGUCACCAGAUUUAUAGCUAUCGGCAUAGUAUUCACCACCCUUGGUUUCGCAAUGGCAGCAGCUCCCGUUAUCGCGGCCAUCAAUGGCAAAGCACCCACGGGUGCCGAGACCCUUACCAUGUAUACCCCGGCGACGGAUGAAGAGCGCGAGGUCGAGGACUUCAUAAGCAACCACUCGCUCACCCAAGAGAUGCGGUCGAAGCCGGAGUUCCGUGAGGCGAGGCCGCAUCUUCAGAUCCCGCCCGCGUAUCGGGAUAACAACCUCACAGGUGGCACGUUGCUAGGACCGGGCAGAAUCGUUGUCCCGCCGGUGAUAUUCUCCGAGGAAGGCGGCAAGUCCUUGGUGUCGAUAUCGUACCUAGGCCAGGAGCUAUGCGGUCACCCGGGUAUAGUUCACGGUGGACUCCUUGCGACUCUACUCGAUGAGGGUCUGGCGCGGUGUUGUUUCCCCGCCUUACCGCAGAAGAUUGCGGUUACUGCCAACCUCAAUAUCAACUACCGCGCUCCGGCGCCGGCCAAGUCGUAUAUAGUGCUUAGGGCUACCACGACCAAAGUAGAAGGGCGCAAGGCUUGGGUCGAGGGGCGGAUAGAAACUCUAGUCAACGAAGGAGAGAAACCCUUAGUUCUUGCGGAGGCGACAGCGCUGUUUAUUGUCCCUAGGGAAUUGGGCAUGAUCACGAAUAUUUUCCCCACGACAUAAGCGUGUGCGAUAGACCACGAUAGAACAUGAUGAGAGGAUAGGGGUAAUAGAUUAUGAUAGACGGCAUGUCUCACAAUUGAGACGGAGUUUGGCUGGAACUUAGAGCUUUGUUGCUUUAGAAUUCUUUUUACUUUAAUAUGUUCCCGUGGAGCUAUUUAACAUACCCAAGAGAGUGGUAUCGAAUGAUACUCGAAUGACCUUGUCCCCGCUAUAUGCUACAUAUAAUACGAAUUCCAAUGGGUUUUAAACUACAAACGUAUUUAUCUCCCCU